AUGAAUCUGCACCUUCGGGAGAAGCGCCUUGCCGCGAAAUGGUUCCAUGCAACAGGAUACCCCUUCGUCUACAAUAAUUUCCACCAUGUAAAACACUUCAGUCAAGCGCAAAUCCCUAAACGGGUGGGGUUCAUGAAACCCGCUUUCAAACUAAACAGAAAGGCGCAAAAGUAUAUAGUCAAUGUGCAGUGGCUAAAAAGUGGAAACACGAAAGAGUUACAAAAGCUAUGUAAUGACAUAAAAAAAGAUGCAAACUCGUUCAAUAGCUACGAACUUAUCGACCUGGUAUACUACCUAAGUAAACAUUCGAACAGAAAUGUGUACCUAACGAUUGAACCUUUAUUGUUUCAUUUUUUUCGCAAGUAUAAUACGUCCGUUAAUUUAAACGGUGUGUCCAUACAUAGGCUGUUAAGAGUCCUAACAGAAUAUCAGGACUUAGUUUACAGAGAGUGGAUUUACUCAUUAGCAAAAAUUAUUUCCAAGAAACAUGCACACAUAUCUAUGAGGGACAUUCAACUUAUCCUAGAUGACUUGGCCCUCUUUUACGAUUUUCAAAUACAUUGCCAAAUUACUCCUUUUUACAACACUAUUAUAAAUAGGCUUCACGAACUGGAAAUAAAAAGACUUCCAUUUCUGAUACAUGUCAUCGGAAGAAUUGGAUGCAAUAACCCUAACCUGUUAAAAGUACUAGUGACCACUUUGAAAAAAAAUAUCUCCAAAAAUGACUUGUACAGAUCCGACUUUUCAGGACUCCUUCUAAGAGGGUUAGCAAAUCUGAAGGUACUUCCAGAAAAGGGCAUCCUCCAUCAGUUGUACAAACCGGUGAAGGAAAAUAUAAACUAUACAAAUAUCAAGUACCUAUCCUGGUGUGCUGAUGGAUUUUCUAGACUGAACUAUUUUUCCCCCCUUCCUAUGCUAGUAAAUAAGAUCCUACAAUUGAAGGACAAAAUUACGCAGCUCGAACUUAAUGAUUUCUCCUCCAUACUUAAUUGCAUCCAAGCGUAUAUACUAAUAAAACAGUACAAUGGGUUGGGCGAAAAGGGGAAUGUGCCACACCGGGGAAGAAGCCUCUCCUCGGAUGAUACCCCAAAGGGGAAUGUUGACCAUCCGAAUGGUGACGGAAAUCUGCUUCAACGCCCCCAUGGGAACACACCAUCGGGUGAAAGUUACAACAAAUCGACGUCACGUGAAGGAAACUCUGAUCAGAGGAGAAUCCCAAUGCAAGAUGCACAUAAUGGUCAAAGCAGCAGCCAAUUUAGCCUUCAUGAAAAUGAAAAACAUGCGCACCAAACGAAUAAAACCAGAGAAGACCGCACAGAGGGAAAACAGACGGUUCACCCAAAUUGGACGCUCCAGAGUGAUGUAAAAAAUAAAGUUAAACAAAAUGUAGAGUUGGCAGAAGACGCCGCAGAAGGUGCCCCACCCGCUUCGGCCAAUGCAAUGAAUAAAACAAACGACCCCUCCGGAAGGGACAAUUAUAUGCAUCCCACUUCUAGUGACAAAUUUCCACGAGAAAUGAACUCAAUUUUUGAGGUGAAUGCUAACACAAUAUCUUUAGAAGCAUUAUACGACAUUUAUUUAAAAUUAGAAAAAAUCAUUUUGGAAAAAAUUACGGAAAGCAUUUAUAGCAGCACGCCACCCUACAGAGUAAUAAUGUUCGAAUUGCUAACUAGACUCUUCCGAUUUUAUAAAAAACCAAUUGAUCUAAUUGUCCAUAUGAAUACACACAGAUAUGACACUUCUCUGCUGCUCAAACAUACCAAUAGUUUGCCUCUUAUUAUAUCAAAUGAAAGGUGCAGAAAAAUUAGCACCUCGCAAUUAUCUUUUCUAGUGCAGGAGUAUGAUUUUUCGAAUGAUUUUUUUUUUAAGGAUUGCCCAAAUGAUCAAUUGGGGGCACAGAAAAGCACGCCCGAUGGUGGAAAUAUGCACAUUGAGGGGGAAAGACACCUAGUUCGUGACAUCCCAUCUGAGGAAUUAAAAAAUAGCGAAAAAGAAAGAGCGAAAAAUCAACAAACCCAUGGCGAGGAAACCAAUACGUAUCAUCACAACGUUGGGGAAAACCUGCUCCUAAACGAGGAUACACAAAAAAAUGUAAACACACCGUUGCCAAAAAUUUUUAAAACCUUUUUGCACUCCAUAUACUUUAGAACCCCCGCAUUAGGCGGCAGAACCAUCAUGCUGCUACUAAUAGCAUUGGUAAGAUUAAAUUUCGGCGAACGGGAAAAAUACGAAUAUUUAACCAAAACGGAUUCUAACAUUUUACCAUUUUCUAAAACGAACGAGAUAUACAGACCCUUAACAAAAUGUAUCAUUCGAGAAAUAAUUAGAAAACUGGAAUCCUUCAAUUCUGAGGAGUUAAUAAUUUGCGCAAUGUGCCUAAACGAACUGGACGCCUUAAACUUGGAUGAUGAAUUAUUUUCCUUAUUAAUUGAACGACUUUUCAAUUUAAACAAAAGUAACUACAUGAGUAAUGAUCAGCUGCUACAGUUAAACAGUCUCUUCCACUUCUGGUACACCGAAAGGAGAAACUUAGUUGCGCAAAAUUUGCGAUUUACGUCUGUGAAGCAGUUUAAGAGUUUCAUUGCGUAG